CGGAAAGGGAGUUGGUGGGAGGAAGAGUUGUUCAACUUUGUCGUCGCACUGACAGCAAAUACAAUUUUGGGGGCUUUUUGUUUUAAUGUAAAACCUUUUUUCACGUGAUUUCACCGUGACGUAACACGCAGAGGCAGGUAACGGCGUGUCUGUGUGCCUUUAUCGAUUUUCGGUGUUUUUUGAAAGCGAAACCAAGUUGAAGCGGGCCUGUAAAACCAUGGCUGACAGCAUGGAUGAGGAUGAGCCCUUACCUCUCCAGCAGGAGCUGACCUGCCCUGUGUGUCAGGGCAUAUUCCGGGACCCGGUGCUGCUCCCCUGCACACACAGCUUUUGCCGGGAGUGCCUGCAGAAAAGUUGGGAGUUCAAUAAAAAGUGUCCCGUUUGCAGGGAAGUGUUUGAGGAAGGCAAGGCCAUCGCCAAUCGCGCGCUCAGUAGCGCCUGCGAGACCUUCCUUAAACAGACAAACAAGCGACCGAAAACCAUUAAGCCCAGCGAGGCAGUCUGCCACCUGCACCUGAAGCCGCUGGAGCUGUACUGUGAGAAGGACGAGGAGCCGGUGUGCGUGGAAUGCGUCACCCUCCACAGCACCCACAGGCUCUACACACUAAGUGAUGGGGCGCCUAUGUGUAAGAAGGAGCUUAGCGACAGAGUCCACAUUUUUGAAAAGAAAGUGGACUCAUACAAGAAAAUUUCUCAGAAGCUCAAAAACACCGUGGAAUACAUCAAGUAUCAGGCAGGGGAAGCAGAAAAACAGAUCAAAGCAGAGUUUGAGAGGCUGCACCAGGUGCUCUUCGCAGAAGAAGCUAUGCGUCUAAAUGCACUGUCUGAUGAGGAGGGCGAGAAGAUCGCUGCCAUACAGGAGCUGAUUGAAAUCACAGAAAAGGACAUUGUCUCUAUGAAGGGGCUCAUUGAUACGAUUAAGAAGGAGAUGGGCAAUGAGGAUCUACCACUCCUGCGGAAUUUCCAGAAUUUAAAAAGACAAUCCUAUUGGACUCGUUCAGAGCCUCGCCUUCCCCACGGAUCCCUUUUGAACAUGGACAAGCACGUUGGUGCUUUGGACUUCAACAUAUGGAAGAAAAUGCAGACUCAUGUAAAAUAUUAUCCAGUGCUGCUGAACCCAAACACAGCCGCUCCUUGGCUGUCUUUGAGUGGAAACCUGAUCAGUGUGAAGGAAAGCGAAGAGCGAAUGACGGUCCCUGAUAACCCUGAGCGUUUUGAUCCCUGCGUCUUUGUCCUAGGCGCUGAAGGUUACACCUCCGGGAAACACAAAUGGGAUGUCAUCGUUGGCGACAACCCCAAGUGGAUCGUGGGAGUGUGCCGAGAGUCCCUGCCACGUAAAAAGAAAUUCACAGUCGCAACAAAUCGUGGCGUGUGGGCCAUAGCACUGAGCAAAGGGGUGUAUACUGUAAUGACAACUAAGCGUGAAGAGUUGCAGCUUCAGCAGCGACCCGAAAAGAUUAGAAUCAAGCUUAAUAUGGACAAGGGAGAGGUGUCAUUUUGGGAUGGAGGGUUAUCAAAGCACCUAGUCACGCUUACACACAAGUUUGAAGGCACGAUAUUUCCUAUUUUUGGUCCCGGCCUCCAUAGCUCACCUAUGAUUCUGGCUCCGGGAAAAAUAGCUAUACACACGUCAACGACCCAAGAUAGGGUUGUUGGCCCAAAGAUGCAGGAUUGAAAAAUCCAUGACAGAAAGCUUUUGAAAGCAAAACAAACUCAAGAGCCCUUUACUCAUCAAUGAGGGGGGGUGAACAUCUAAUAAAAGACUAAAAACUCAAAGUAGAUGAAACAUCAGUUUAAGUAAUGAAAAUGAUGACGCUGACGUGAUGUUUGGAAUGCACGAUUAAAAAAAAGUGUCAGAAAUGUAAUUUAGAGUGAAAUGCCAAAACUGAACUGAAACCAUGCGUACCAGCCUGCAAAGAAAGUCGAGCUGAAACAAGUUCAACGUGUACAGAAGGCAGGAAACCAGGAAGUGAUCAGAGAUGGACAUUUUCUGCCUUUGCUGAGGGAAACCGAAUUAACCGAUUUUUUGACCCCUUACUAGCGACAGACCAAAGGGGAAAAGGUGUCACAGUGUGUUAUAUCAAAGAUAAUCGCAAUAGUCAGAAUAUUGUGGUGUUAAUAUUAUGCAUAUGAUAAACUCAUAGAUACAGCGACUGGUCGACACUCCAGCAUAGAUGAUGGUAUUGCAGCUUAAUGCAGGCUGCCAUCCACGACUAAACAGCAAAAAAAAAAAAAAAAAAGACAAGAAAUGGCAGUAACCAGGCUGCUAC